UGGUGGGGUUUCUCUCUAUUCGUAAAAGGACUGCAGCAACUUGUACUCGAGUUUUCGGAAUUUCUUUGCAGAAAACUUUAAAGAAAACAAAAUGCGUCCAUCUGGCUCUAAGCGUCAGCAGGCCCCCCAGCCUCCCUCCACCAGGAUGGGUUUGCGGAGUUUCCGUAAUGUACCUCUGGUGCCCAUGGAGACAUCCUCUUCUUCAUCAGAUGACAGUUGUGACAGCUUUGGCUCUGACGGUGGCUUUGCUAACACGAAAAGUAGCUUCAGGGAAGCCAAGAAGGUGGCGGAGAGAGCCAAGGUGUUUGAGGCCAGCUCGGAGGAGGAGUCUCUCAGUGGGUUUGAGAAUGCCUUCAGCAGUGAAAUGAGAGUGGACUCUGACUCUGAGGAGUCAGUGACGCCGCGGAAGAGGGGCCGCCGGUCCCAGACUCUGAAAGUGGCCAUGAAAUUCCCCAACAGGAGGGCCAGCCAGAAGAAGACGAUUGCAGCAGAGCCCCCUAAACAGCCCAAAGUCGCUCCCAAACAGACCACUGAGGAGGGAGACAACUUCAUGGACAAGAGAGCGCUUAACAUCAGGGAGAACAAAGCCAUGCUUGCAAAGCUGAUGGCAGAACUCAACAAAAUACCUGGCUUCCCUAGAAGAACAUCCCUGCCCUUGAUGAAUGCGCCCUGUCGCACCCCACGCCGGUCUCUGGGAGCCCCUGGACCCCACAGGAGGAACCCUGAGCGUACCUCUAGGCCCCACACUCGCUCCUGCUCCCUGGUGGACGGCCCCCCAUCAGAGGAGGAAGAGGAGCAAGAGGAGGACAAGUUCAGCCUGGUGCGCAGGAGCUGCUACUACGAGGAGAAGGAGACCCGUCGGCGCAGCUUCAACGGGGUGCUGGCCUUUCCUCAUGUGGUGCGGCCUGUGGAGGACAUCUCCCAGACGGAGCUGGAUCUGAUCGCAGACACCGUCCGGGAGAAGGUCUACGACAGAUCCACUGGGUCCACUUGCCAUCAGUGCCGCCAGAAAACGGUCGACACCAAGACCAACUGCCGUAACCCAGAGUGUGUGGGGGUGAGGGGUCAAUUCUGUGGCCCGUGUCUCCGUAACCGCUAUGGGGAGGAGGUCCGAGAUGCCCUGCUGGAUCCUGAGUGGAAGUGUCCGUCGUGCAGAGGGAUCUGCAACUGCAGCUUCUGUAGAGCCAGAGAGGGUCGCUGUGCCACUGGAGUUCUGGUCUACCUGGCUAAAUACCACGGCUACGACAACGUCCAUUCUUAUCUCAAGAGUCUGAAGAAGGAAAUGGAAGAGAGCCAGUAAACCGUGGAGAAUGUAACCGGAUUCUGAACCUGACUGACGAUGUUGUCAUGUGAUGUGGCUUUUAUAUUCCAUAAUGCAAAACAGUUAAUUAUUCUAUUGCUCCUGAUUCUGAAAAUGUUUACAUUGUUUUAAAUGUGUACAGUUUUACUGUCAAUUACGUGAGUGAUAUGUUUAUACUGUGAUGUUUGCCUGUGACAUUCACACUUUUAACCUGCAAGUGUGGAGAAAAACUAUAUGUAGAAAUUGGUUGUCCUCUGUUAAUUGUACUUGAAUCAUCCAUUUUUUUUGUAUAAGAAAAUUAGCUUUAAACUUCAAUAAGGUUCAUUUUCUGUUUUUAAUAAGUCUGAGCUAGCCUGGGACUGUCCGUCUGUUUGUGCUAACAUUCCACAAUGUUUGGCAUAUGACACGGAGUACAAGGAGUGGAAUGUUAGCGCAAAAGCGGUCUGUAUUUCAGGCUAACUUAGCUGUUAGAGUAUGUUCUCUCUUCCCAAUGUCACGUGGUUACUUUUGACUCUGCUCAGUAGCCUACCAUUGUACCCCUGAGGUGGUGAGGGUGGAAAAAGGGCCCAGCUAGUGGGGGCUAUUUCCUCCUGAGCAGAGACAAACUGAUGUACUACAGCGCCUGGUUAAAUCCUUCAUUAGAUAACUGUCACUAAUGGUGUGGAAACAAUUAGCAGUCCGUAAUGGGAAUCUCAUACCUGUAAAUCAUUUGUCCUAUUAUAGCACUUUGUUGCUCUGGUC